AUUUUCUUACAUGCUAUCUAUCAAACAAAUUAGUCAUGAAUACAACUAGUGUUGAAGUUGAGAUUGCUUCUGCAUAUCCCCCUGAGACGGUUUUUGAGAUGAUUAACGCCUUUCAUACUUUAGCACCUAAGGUCAUUCCUCAAGUGUUCAAGUCGAUUGAGAUACUCGAUGGUGACGGUGGUGUUGGAACUAUAAGGCUAUUCACAUUUGGCGAUGAUGUUCCAUUCACAAGUGGCAAGUUUAAGCAAGAUGCUAUUGAUGAAAUCAACUUUGUUUACAGCUACACGUUUUUUGAAGGCGACAACUUGAUGGGUAUAUUAGACUCCAUAAACCAUUAUGUUAAGGUUAUACCUACUGAUGAUGAAGGAUGUGUAUUCAAGCAGAUAGUCGUUUAUAACUGCAAAGGUGAUGAGAAGCCAUCAACUGAGUUUCUUAACUUUGAAAAAGAACUAUACGAGAAAACCUAUAAGGCUAUUGAGGCAUAUGCUGCUGCCCAUCCUGAAGCUUAUUAAUUUAUAUUGCUUGAGCGUGUUGUUGUUAUGGUUUGAAAUCGUUUCUUUUGGUGUUUUUAAUCUUUUACUUAAUUCAUAAUAAUGAUGCAAUAGUAUUCAAGUUAAA